UUAAACAUUUCACUUCACGUGGCGCCAGUGGCAGGCAGUGCCGUACAAGAGGUUUUUUUUAAAUAUAAAAACGCGCGAAAUACCAACGCAAAGUAGUUAAUAUUAAAAAGUUUGCGUAACUUUUAAAUACUGUGUACAAGUGAUUGACUUAUGGUAAAAGUGCUGUGUGUCGUGGGGACUUUUUAUUACUUUACAUGGACCAAGUAAAAUGUACCACAGGGUGCGGCGAAAAAUGAAGUUUGAAAUCAGUGCCAUAUUAAUUUUAAGUUACGUAACGUUGGUGUUCACUAAAGCCUUUGAUAUAAAAAUAAUUAAUGAUAACAUUGGGGAUGACAUAGGAAACGAUAUUAUAGAUUUCGAUGAUGAAUAUUCAGUUAAAUAUGACAAGAAAUAUAAAGUACUCCCAUGGAGUUCAAACGGUUUUAAGAAAGACACCUACAGAUAUACUGUCGUUAAAGAUAAGCUCGAGCUUCAGCAUGAAAAUAAAGAAAUCAAAUCGGAAGCAGCGACAAUGGUUACCACUACAACCAGCGUUAACUCCAUUACAGACACAGUCGAAAAGACAACUGAACUUAGUGUUAUUCCAUUAGAAUUAUUAAGUACAACAGAGAGCAGUGCAAUAAGUCCAAUCGAAAGUACAACAGAAUUAGAUUUAACAGUUAUUCCUUUAAGUACAAGUGAGAAAACACCUGCUGAAUUAAUUAUUAAUCAGACCGUAACUCUACCAGUAUCCACAGAAUCUUCAGAAGAUUAUAAUUUAACUACGUUUUUUUAUGAAAUGACAACAAAAUCAAAUAAUUAUUUAAAUGAGACUACAACAGAGAACAUAAUAAAUGAAACGUCAACGGAAAAUGUGUUUAACGAUACUGUAACAAUUACGAGUACCACGUUAAAUGUAAAUGAAACUACAGAGAUUGGGACUACAAUUCCAGAUACUUAUAAUGUUACUGAAGUGAUUACUGUUCUUCCUGAUGCUAAUGCUACUGAAUAUGUCACUGAUAAUUUCCCAUCUACAACAGUAAUAAAUGAAGUAACUAACAUAACUGUUAGGAAUACGAACAGGACAAUCAAUCGUGAGGACUAUGACAGUACAGAAAUCAACGCAGAAGUUCCAAUAUUUACUGAGUUAGAUACUGAAGAUAUUUCAGAAGUUCCAGAAGAUUAUUAUGAUUCAAAAGAUGUCGUUACGACGUCUGCACCUAAAACGGACGCUUUAUCUGUGAUAUUUGGGUUCGCUGGCAGUGUAGUAGAGAGCGUAGUAGAGAGUGUGGCAGAACGGGUCGUGCCCAAAGGGCUGAUUGAUUUGUUCAGGCGAAUGCAAAAACAGAAUGAGGCUUUAGAAGCGGAAAAGUUGAGAAGUCGCGAAGAGAAUGGAGGAAUAGGUCAAUUCACCCGAGGCGUGAUCAAGACGAUAUCCUCGGGUCUGAGCAAGCCCCUCAGCCAGCUCAUGGCGGGAGUGAGAGACAUCGGCUCGCUGGACAGCGACCGCGGCUUCAUCAGCAGCUUGGCGUCAGGCGUCACCAGCGUGGCCAACGUCGCCAACUCCAUGGUGGAUGUCUUCAAGGACAGAGUGCAGGCUAUUUAUCCUGGUACUAUCUGGUGCGGGGACGGGCACUCGGCGCAGGCGCGCUCGGGCGAGCUGGGCCUGUUCUUCUUCACCGACACGUGCUGCCGGCAGCACGACGCCUGCAAGCUGUACAUCGGCGCCGGGGAGACCAAGUUCGGCCUCACCAACACCGGCCUCUUCACGAGGUCACACUGCAGCUGCGACGAGAACUUCCGGCAGUGCCUGAGGAAGACCAACUCGCUGGUGUCGGCGCAGAUCGGCCUCACGUACUUCAACGUGCUGGGCCCGCAGUGCUUCCGCCGCGCGCACCCCAUCGUCAAGUGCUUGCGGCGGACCAGGAUAACCGGGCUCAAAUGUGAGGAGUACGAGCUGGACUACACCAAGCCCAAGAUGUGGCAGUGGUUCGACAGCGAGACCUUCUGACACCAGCUGCCGAUCGAAGGGUUGAGAUGGCACAUAUCAACUAUUUAUUAAUGAACCGUCAACCGUAAAUCUGAGAGCUCUGGAUAGUGACGGAUAGUUUAGCUAGUCUUAUUUUACGCGCAGAUGAAGACAUUCGACUUAGCGUUCCGGUACGAUGGUAUGAUGAUGACUUCACAGAUAAGAUCCCACUAGAGAGUCAGUGAAUGUAUGAGUAUUUUUCUAACAUUAAUUACAAAAAAAAAAAUGUUAUCUUAAUUCAGGUUGUCUACAAAUUAUGUCAAAAGUAAAGUUUGUAAGCUUAGAUAUCUACAAUCAAACAGACAAGCAACGGAUGAACAAAGUUGUAUUAUAAUGUUAGCAUAACACUAAACUAUAACUUAGAUUCAUGUGCUCGUAGAUAGUACUUAUGUAGUAGUGAUUUGUGUGACAGCUUGUUACACAGUAAACAGCCAGCAGGGAACUGUUUCCGGGGAGACUACAGGCACAUGAGGCUCGAUAUCUCUGCCUCAGGUUAACGGGGCGUGGCAAGGCUUUGUACAACGUGUCCUUAGCAUGUCUCGCGAUUUGUAGCUCUGUUAUAGGGGAUGAUAUCUACUUCACAUAAAACCUUACCUCGUUCCGCUCUUCAUUCCGCUCUCCUUGAUGUUUUAUAGAACUAUUUCAUGACAUUUUCAAUGUUAUGUUUUGCUCAGAAAAUAUUCGUAGGAAAUUUUCGCAGGUUUCUUUUUUAAAAGCAAUUAUCUUUUUAUUU